GUACCCAGAAUGCCACAGUACACAACACGGACUUCGACAAUGCCGAACAGACAAGACUCCCAACCAUAUAAUAUUCUGCUUGGAAAUUCCCUUCAAACAAGCCUUAUGAGAUAGUACGACCUGUCCACGAUGAUAAGCACAGACGUGAUGGCAUCUGAGCUAAAAGACAAGAUGCCAUUCUAUGGGGACCAGGAGACAGAAUUCAACAGACUUCGAGAACAUACAAUUUUUACUAAGAGAAGGCCAAGGCGGACUGCUCUUCCUGCGACAAGAGAAAGGAGCUCUAUUAGAAGUCUUAUAAGUUUUAUGAAAACUGUGGUUGGAAAGGAUAUGACCAAAGUGACCAUGCCUGUUCAUUUCAACGAACCUGUUUCUUUUCUACAGAGGUUGUCUGAAGAUCUUGAAUAUGCGGACAUACUAAACAGAGCAUGUGUGUGCAAGAAUAACCUUGUCAAGUUGGCACAUGUCGCUGCAUUUGCAUCCUCCACUUAUGCUACUGUUCUAUCAAGGUUCUGGAAGCCCUUCAACCCUCUUCUUGGCGAGACAUUUGAGUACAUUGAUAAUGACAAUGGCUUUGCUUUAAUAGCCGAACAGGUUUCCCAUCACCCACCAAUCUCUGCCCUCCAUGCAGAGUCCAGUCAUUGGGUGUUCUGGCAGGAGUACAAACUGGACACAAAGUUCAGAGGACAAUUCUUUAAAGUGAUACCUACCGGCCAUUGCCACUUGAAGUUCAAGACCAAUGGUCAUCACUUUUCCUGGAAAAAGCCAGUUACAACAAUCCACAACAUCUUAGUAGGGAGUCUUUAUGUUGACCAGGAGGGUGAUAUGGUUGUUACAAACCACACCACAAAAGAGACAUGCACAGUUCAUUUUAUGCCGGUUAGGAAAGUGCAAGACAACUUCAAGAAACUCAAAGGUGAAGUUAAGGACCCUGAGGGCAAGGUGCGGUAUGUUAUUGAGGGCUCAUGGGACAAAUCGCUGGAGUGUAUCCCGCAGGACACUGGUUUUAAUGACGACAGUAUUGAUUUAUGGACUGCUGUGGCGAGACCGGAUGACUCAUACAAGAUGUACGCAUUUACGAGAUUUACAAUUCAACUAAACGAUCCCGACUAUGGUGUAACGUGCCCGACCGACUGCAGAAAUCGACCGGACAUCAGACAGUUGGAAUUAGGCAAGAUUGACAGUUCAGCGGCUGAGAAACAUCGCUUGGAGGAGAAACAGCGCGCUUCGCGCCGCGAGAGAGACACGAAAGGCGAAGCCUGGACGCCUAGGUAUGACAAAAAAGAUAGAUGGUUUGUACCCAAAGAAGAUCCCUACACGCGUACGUUUGACUAUGUCUACCGCGGCGGCUACUGGACAAAUAUCAUGGAUGGUCACUUUGACAACUUGCCGGCUAUUUAUUAAGCCUUCAUCUUGCUUCUGAUGGUGCUUUGGAAUACCAAGGAACCGAUUAUUCUAUAGCUAUCUAUAGCUCUACGAGGUGCUUUGGAAUACCAAGGAACCGAUUAUUCUAGAGCUAUCUAUGGUUCUACGAGGUGCUUUGGAAUACCAAGGAACCGAUUAUUCUAGAGCUAUCUACACUAUGGCUCAGCGUGGUGCUUUGGAAUACCGAGGAACCGAUUAUUCUAGAGCUAUCUAUGGCUCAGCGUGGUGCUUUGGAAUACCAAGGAACCGAUUAUUCUAGAGCUAUCCAUGGCUCUACGAGGUGCUUUGGAAUACCAAGGAACCAAUUAUUCUAGAGCUAUCUACACUAUGGCUCAGCGUGGUGCUUUGGAAUACCAAGGAACCAAUUAUUCUAUAGCUAUAUAUUUAAGUAAGUUAUUUGUUAUAUAACACAAUCUCAUUUCCGGAAUUAGUGUAUUCUUUGGUGGGCUCUAUAUAACAACCACUCUAACCCAAACACGAGUCCUGUUUUUGGUGGUUGUUAUAUAGUAGUUCCCUAUUUAUUAUACGAGGGGAAAGAGCAUAGUGGAUUCUGGGAAUGCGAUUACGUAUGCUUGGUUUUAUUUUAAGAAUUUGUUGCGCAACUCCUUCAUGUCUUGAUAAGGAUCACAUGGCUUGGACCUGUCGCAUUCUCCAUUUGCAUAAUAAUAAGAGUCUUUUUAGAACUUUUCGUAUUCUGGGGAUAUCGUGAAUGUAUCAAAGUAAACAAGUAGUUAUAUUUUUGGUUUUAUGCACUUUUAAUAUUGAGGAAUAGUUUUGAAUUUCCGCUUAUAUUAAAUUGGCAAUUUUAAUAAUUUAUUGUAAAGCGAAGUAGGGUAAUAAUCUGAUGGGUGGAUAUGGAACAUGAAAGUAUUUAAAAAUACACAAAUAAUAAUUAUUUAAGAUAAAUCAAUUAGCUGUACAAUGGUAUUUAAUUUGUCACAUGUUGUUGCCUGAAAAGCGGAAAGCUGUGCUUUCCUGGAUGAUACACCGAAAUGUUGGUAUAGAACUAAUAAACACAGUGAACGGUU